AUGCGAAGAUCUUCCCUUGUUCAAGUAUUCCAGGCUUAUGGCUGCACUCACCUGUCUGCAGGCGACCUCUUGCGGGCCGAGAGGGGUCAGGAGGGCAUUGAAUAUGGACAGCUGAUCGGAAGCUACAUCAAGGAUGGCAAGAUUGUUCCUGUGGAGAUCACAAUCAACUUACUGAGGAAGGCGAUGGAGGAAACGAUGCAGCUGGACCAGUCAAAGUUCCGCUUCCUAAUUGAUGGCUUUCUGCGUAACCAAGACAACUUCCAGGGCUGGACCUGUGUCAUGGAGGGGAAGGCUGACGUCCAAUUUGUCCUCUUCUUUGAUUACAGCAAUCAGGUGGGAGGCAACUAACUACAUCUCCUGG